ACUACCGUAUGGUGUGGACGGUAAAGAGAGAAAAUGCCACACGACUGAACAAAAAAAUGUGAUCCCACUAAAAGAAAGAAAUCGCUUUGUAUCUCCUGCAAGUUUCAAAUAUUUUCGAGAGAAUAUUCUUCAAGAGAAACGACACAAAGAAAGACGUUUUAUUUCACUCUGGGAGAAGCACAAGCAUGGCGCCUUCAGGAGGUGCGCUGUGCUGUCUCCUCCUUCUGGUGGUCCUCCUCCAGACGCGUCCUGUGGGGUCCUACGUCUUCAAAACGGGAGAGUGUCCUACUGUGACUUCGGUAUCGAACUUCGUCUUUGCCCAGUUCGCAGGUACAUGGCACGUGAUCCAGAGCAGCAACACAGCUUCCCGAUGCUACUCCCUCUCCUUCAGUGAAAACGGCGGCAGCUUUUUCCUCACAAUGAACAAGCAGAUCUUCUCCCUCAGAGCCGCUGGGAUCGUGCACAAUUUGCGGUUCGAAGCGCAGAUUUUCCAGAACCGCAAUGAUCCGGCAUCUAUGAUACUUCGAAUACCCUCUAACCUGUACCAAGACGUGUCCUACCAGAUCAUCUCGACAGACUACACCACGUGGGCGGUCGCGUGGAGCUGCAAACCCACAGUCUUCGGGCAUAUGCAGUCCGUCCUCAUCAUGAGUCGGAGUAGAGAGCUUCCCCUGAGCGAACUGAGGAGCAUUCGCCUGGAUCUGGAGACCGCCGGCGUGAGUGUGGACGAGCUCUCCUCAGUGCAGCAGACGGAGUGCAACCCGGAUCUAGGCGGAGGACGCUUCACCCUCGACCUCGCCUCGAACCUCGCCAACACCCUGGUCGACUGGACGGCCCUCAUCCCCUCCUCCACCAUCCCUGGUCCUUUCCCCGACAGGCUGCUUCGUCCAGGAAGGAGAGUUCUACCUGUACCUCGAGACCUGUAAUGCCACGGCCUCCAACGUCAUCUUCGAUCCGAACGACACCUCUUCGGACGGCGGCGAGGACGGGGGUGAGGACGAGUACGAGUAUUAUUAUUAUUACGAGUAUUACGACGACGAGGGAGAAACGACGGAAGCCACGCCUGGGGAGGCCCUGGUCG